AGGGGGACGCUUUUACUCGAACAGACCAAUCCUGGAGCUUUGUGGCAGGAAUUUAAAGGUCUGAACGAAAUUUAAAUGCACCAGAAUUUCUUUCGAAGGACUCGGUGUUUCAGAUAUUUUUUGAUUCUUGAUUAAACUACCUUGGCGGUCUUUACAAAAAUGUCUGCUGGUAACGAAAACUGUGACCGUCUCAACAAGUUCAAGAAUAAGGGAAAAGAUGCAAAUGAACUCAGACGUAGGAGGGUGGAAGUUAACGUCGAACUUCGCAAAGCAAAGAAGGAUGAUCAGAUCUUCAAAAGAAGAAAUGUCACCACUUUAGCGGACGAAGCAACCUCCCCACUUCAAGAGAAAAGCCAGAAUUCUCAGGCCACACGACAGUGGUCCGUGGAAGAGAUUCUCACUGGCGUGAAUAGUAGUAAUCUUGAUGUCCAGCUCGACGCCGCACAAGCAGCAAGGAAAUUGCUAUCACGUGAGCGGCAUCCUCCCAUUGAGCUUAUAAUCGGUGCUGGGCUGAUUCCUAAGUUCGUAGCUUUCUUGGGUUUCGUGGAUUCGCCGCCUAUCCAGUUUGAGGCCGCCUGGGCUCUAACCAACAUUGCAUCUGGAACAUCUGACCAGACCAGUGCUGUUGUGAAAGGUGGAGCCAUUCCUGCCUUUAUAAGCCUAAUCAGUUCUCCUCACCCCCACAUCAGUGAGCAGGCUGUCUGGGCAUUGGGUAAUAUUGCAGGAGAUGGGUCGGUCUACAGAGACAUGGUCAUCAAGCACGGAGCUGUGGCUCCCCUGCUCAGUUUGCUUGCUGUCCCUGAGCUGUCUGUGUUCUCUUCUGGAUAUCUAAGGAACAUCACCUGGACGUUGUCAAACCUAUGCCGCAACAAGAACCCGUCUCCUCCUCUGGCAGCUGUGCAGCAGAUCCUUCCCACGCUGGUGCGUCUGCUGCACCAUGAGGAUAAGGAGGUGCUGGCUGACACCUGCUGGGCAGUGUCCUAUCUGACUGACGGACCUAAUGAUCGCAUUGAAGUGGUGGUGCAGACUGGCCUGGUCUCCCGCCUGGUGCAGCUGCUUGGCUACCGGGACCUAUCCAUUGUGACUCCUUCUCUGCGCGCAAUUGGAAAUAUUGUGACUGGCACAGAUGAACAGACUCAGGCAGUGCUGAAUGCUGGGGCCCUUGCCAUGUUCCCUGGCCUGCUGUGUCAUCACAAGAGUAACAUUCAGAAGGAGGCCUCUUGGACUCUUUCCAACAUCACUGCUGGUAGAGACACUCAGAUCCAGGAUGUCAUCAAUGCUGGCCUUGUCCCUUUAAUGGUGGAUGUCCUCCGCAAGGGUGACUACAAAACUCAGAAAGAAGCAGUGUGGGCAAUAACCAACUUGACCAGUGGGGGCACUGUUGAACAGAUUGUGUACCUUGUUCAAGCCAAUGUGCUGGAGCCUCUGUUGAAUCUGCUCUCAACAAAGGACAGCAAAACCAUCCUUGUCAUUUUGGAUGCCAUUACCAACAUCUUCCUAGCAGGAGAUAAGAUUGGUGAAGUAGACAAACUGUGUCUGAUGAUCGAGGAAUGUGGUGGCCUAGACAAGAUUGAAGCUCUGCAGUCCCAUGAGAAUGAGCUUGUCUACAAAGCAUCCCUCAACCUGAUUGAGAAAUAUUUCUCUGGCGAGGAAGAGGAAGACCAAUGCGUUGCCCCAGAAACGACAACCGAUGGCUAUGCAUUCCAGAUCACUGAAAACCAAAGCACUUUCAACUUCUAAGUACCUCUUCGCUAUGUAAUCUCUACUUUAUACUGUCAUUGUUUGUGCUCUGUAAUAAAGUCUAAUUCUUUGUCUAAUGUACAUACCUUUUAAAAAUCAAUGUAAAUAAAACUGUUGAAA